GGUCGCGAGAGUCGUCUUCGGAGUUUGAUCUCUCCUGUCCCCUCCGCGGUCUCGGAGGCUGCUUGGUCAUGGCCGUCCACGGAGCCACCGAUGAGAAACAGCCCCUACUGGGGGAGCGGGGCCCGGAGAGCGAGCAGCGGGAUGUCAUAGAGACCGAAGAGCAUCGUCGCAGUCGGUGGCAGUCCAUCCGGAUACUCUAUCUCACUAUGUUUCUCAGUAGCGUAGGGUUUUCGAUCGUAAUUAUGUCAGUAUGGCCAUACCUCCAAAAGAUCGAUCCCACAGCAGAUGCAAGUUUCUUGGGCUGGAUUAUUGCUUCUUAUAGUCUUGGCCAAAUGGUAGCUUCACCUCUCUUUGGUUUGUGGUCUAAUUAUAGACCAAGGAAAGAACCUCUUGUGAUCUCAAUCUUCAUUUCAGUGGCAGCCAAUUGCCUCUAUGCCUAUGUCCACGUACCUCCCUCCCACAAUAAAUACUACAUGUUGGUUGCUCGUGCACUUGUGGGAUUUGGAGCAGGAAAUGUAGCAGUAGUUAGAUCCUAUAUUGCCGGUGCUACUUCGCUUCAAGAAAGAACGAGUGCCAUGGCCAACACCAGUGCUUCUCAGGCCUUAGGCUUCAUUCUUGGUCCAGGUAGGCUUUUUCAGACAUGUUUUGCUCUGAUUGGAGAAAAGGGAGUGACGUGGCAAACCAUUGAUCUUCAGGUGAACAUGUACACAGCCCCAGUUCUACUCGGUGCCCUUUUGGGAGUUGUCAAUAUUGUCUUGAUCUUUGCUGUCUUAAGGGAACAUCGUGUGGAUGACUCGGGAAGACAAUGCAAAAGCGUCAAUUUUGAAGAAGCAAAUCCAGAAGAAGUUCAUGAUGCUCAGGGAAGCAUUGAUCAGGUUGCUGUCAUCACCACCAACAUUCUUUUCUUCAUCAUCCUGUUUAUCUUUGCUCUUUUUGAAACCAUUGCUACUCCACUAACUAUGGAUAUGUAUGCCUGGACCAGGGAACAGGCUGUUUUAUAUAAUGGAAUUAUACUGGCUGCUCUGGGAGUUGAAGCAGUGAUUGUUUUCAUGGGAAUUAAAAUACUUUCCAAAAGAACUGGAGAGCGUAUGCUUCUGCUUGGAGGAUUCAUCAUCGUUUUCAUUGGAUUCUUUAUCUUGCUACCUUGGGGAAAUCAGUUUCCAAAAAUACAGUGGGAAGAUUUGCAUAAUAAUACUAUUUCUGAUACAUCAUCUGGAGAAAGGGUUACAUAUUUUUGGAAGUUAUCAGCAGGAAAUUCUAGCGAAGGACCAACUGGCUGCCCAGUCAAGCAGUCCUGGUGUCUGUCUACUCCCAUGAUUCACCUGGCCCAGUUCCUCGUUGCUGCUGUCCUGAUAGGGAUGGGCUAUCCAACCUGCAAUGUUAUGUCCUACACCUUAUACUCAAAAAUUUUGGGGCCAAAACCUCAGGGCGUCUACAUGGGCUGGCUGACGGCUUCUGGGAGCGGCGCGAGGAUCCUCGGACCCGUGUUUGUUAGCCAGGCGUAUACCGAUCUGGGGCCUCGGUGGUCGUUUAGCUUGGUCUGCGGAAUCCUUCUGCUCGCUGUGGCCCUUUUGGGCGCCGUCUACAGGAGACUCGUUCCCUUUACGGGGAGGCCCGGGAGGGGGCAAGAGGAAACUUAACUUGGGCAGCUGCGGGAGCGCCGCGCCGGGAGCCCCAGGACUUUGUUUCCCCCAAAAGAGAGGAGGGUCGUAUUGUGUGCUGUGGCACCUGCAUGGAACACGGGCCAAGUUCUGCCUCUCCUGCUUUGGACUGUCGCAGAGUCCGUCGUCUUCAGAUUAGAGCUUCCCUGUGCGGGAGGUAAAACAAAGGCUCAGCCGCUGACGGAGCUGCGUGCCCACAUUCCUUUCGUGCCAGGCAGAGGAGAGACAAACAGACACAUAGACCGCAGUUCCUCUCGACUGUCCGUAGUCACGGGCGGCGCUCCCCGAUUUCCUACCUCCAAACAUUUGGAAAUGUAGAUCUGUGUACAUGAAGUUUUUGCCGAGGCCUGCGAGUCUUCCGGACCCCAUUUGGGCUUUCUUUGCUGGAGUGGCUCAUUUCACAGAUGAGGAAACUGAGGCAGGCAGGGGUCACACAGCUAGAAGUGUUUGAGGCCAGGUUUGACCAGCGUGUGUUGGUAGCAUGGUUUGUAGACAAAAUACAAAAGAAUCUCCAAA